UUUUGGAAAACACAUUAUGUUGCUUUCUUCUUUUCUGACGCACAAGAACUCUAACAGAGCAAUCAGAGGAGGAGCACUAGAGAGCACCAGAGACGCCACCAUUGCUAACAGAGAACAUUUAAGCGACUACCUCGAGGAAGUAAUGGCUGCGAGAAAUGAGCGAGAACGACUUCUUACCGAGGCCUUGAACAACUUGGCGCAAGUUAUGGCCAAUCAGGGAGGCGGUGGAGGAGCAACUAUGUACCAUGGGUUAGAUCGCUUUCAGAGGAACAACCCACCUACUUUCAAAGGGGGUUAUGAUCCUGAGGGUGCUGAGGCUUGGCUGAGGGAGAUUGAGAAGAUCUUCCGGGUGAUGGAGUGUCAGGACCAUCAGAAGGUGUUGUUUGCUACUCACAUGCUAGCAGAUGAGGCGGAGUACUGGUGGGAGAACACUCGCCCACGUUUAGAGGGAGCAGGUGGUGUUGUUGUCCAAUGGGAGACUUUCAGACAAACCUUUCUGGAGAAGUAUUUUCCAGAAGAUGUGAAGAAUAGGAAGGAGAUGGAGUUUCUCGAGCUGAAACAGGAAAGUAUGACGGUGGUAGAGUAUGCGGCGAGGUUUGAGAACCUUGUAAGGUAUUUUCCUCAUUAUCAGGGGGAAGCUGGGGAGAGGUCCAAAUGCGUGAAAUUUGUCAAUGACCUUCAUGUGUAG